AAAGAAAUCAAGUACCUCUCAUCAAAACCUCAAAAUCAAAGAGAAAGAAGAGAGAGAUUUGUAAAACUUAGAGAGAGAAAGAAAUAUAGUAAAAAUAAAAAAUAAAAAAUAAAAAAUGGAAGAACACUUAAAUCCAUUAGCAGUAACACAUCUUCUACAAUACACUUUAAGAAGCUUAUGUUGCCAAGACAACUCUCAAUGGGUCUAUGCUGUCUUCUGGAGGAUCCUUCCCAGAAAUUAUCCUCCUCCUAAAUGGGACACCCAUGGAGGUGUUUAUGAUAGGUCUAGGGGCAACAGGAGAAAUUGGAUAUUAGUAUGGGAAGAUGGAUUUUGCAAUUUCUCAGCCUCAUCAACGGCUGAUAUUAACUUGGGCAACGGUGGUGAUGGCGGCAGCGAUUAUCCAACAUCAUCAACUAAUUAUAGUGAUCAACAAUUUCAGCCAUUACAUGGUCUACAACCUGAACUUUUUUUCAAGAUGUCCCAUGAAAUCUACAACUAUGGUGAAGGAUUGAUUGGGAAAGUAGCAGCAGAUCAUAGUCACAAAUGGGUAUAUAAAGAACCAAAUGAGAACCAAGAAAUCAACUUCUUAUCUGCAUGGCAUAAUUCAGCUGAUGCGCAACCAAGGACUUGGGAAGCUCAAUUCCAGUCAGGUAUAAAGACUAUAGCUUUGAUAGCAGUACGAGAAGGUGUGGUACAAUUAGGAUCAUUGAAUAAAGUAGCGGAGGAUCUAAGCUACGUCGUUUUGCUCCGCAAGAAAUUCACCUACAUUGAAAGCAUCCCUGGAGUGCUCUUACCCCACCCUUCGUCCGCCGCAUUCCCACCCACUUUAAGGCCCGUCGAGGGCUACGGUGUUCCACCCGAAAUGUGGGCCUACCAAACAGGUGGUGGGCUCAUGUCAAUGGGCCCAACGUCCCAAAUCAUGGAUCAAUAUGAAUACUACAACCCGGCCCACCACCAGCAACAACCACCCAUGGUGAGGAUGAUCACCCCAUCAAUGAGUAGCCUUGAGGCCCUUCUUUCAAAGCUCCCUUCUGUUGGGCCUGGCCCAACUACUCAAGGGCCCAUUGGGCAUUGUGGGCCUGAGGCCCAUCAAUUUUUGGGAUCAUCAUCAGCCCAAAAAGUGGCAAAGGAAGAAUUAGAAGAGGAGGAUAAUCAUCAUCAAAAUGUGAUUAGGAAUAAUAAUGUUAAUCAUGAAAGAGAAAUGGUUGGAGAAUGUAGUGGAGCUUCAUUAUCAUCAUAUCAACAACAUUUUUCAUAUCAUCAUCAUCAAGAUCUUAAUUUAGCUACUAGCAGGCCUAGUACUGGAUUCUAGGAAAAAAAAUCGAAUUUAAUUUAUCGUAAGUACGUAAGUUGUAACACUUGUGUAGUAGCUAGCUAGAGAAUCAACAAUUGAUUUUCACACCAACAUCUUGCACUUUAUGAUAAAGCGCAUAAAUAUUUUAACCGUUGGUGUAGAGUUCAACAUCAAGAGUGCGAAAAUAAACUGUCUAAAGAUAUUAUCUUAGGUGUAAAUUAGAUUAAUUUUUUCGUA